UCCAGUCAGAUUUCAGUGAAUUUUGCAAUGAUAGAACAUUUGUACAUUGUGCACACCUUUCAAGCAAAAAUUGGUUAAUAAACCAGCUUUGUUGUUUCUCUUCUCGGCUUUUUUAAAUCAAUAUCCAGUAAUCAGUAAAUCGAGAGUUAUUGAGUAAAUAUUUUUAAAAUGAAGAUCAAAUCUAUCAAAAAAGUACCGGUCGUCAAAUUUCAUUUCGUUGUUUGUGUGAUAUGCAAUCUCUCUUCAUGUCUAUCAUUGGGGAUUAGUAGAGAACAUAAAAUAUCCCAGGGUCCCCCCUACUACCCGACAAUCAGCCAAUUCUUCGAUCGACACUCGCAAUCGAAUACAUUCACAAUUACAUACAACCUCAAAAUCAUGCCUCCAUUUGAAAAAGGAACCAAGUUUGUGGAUAUGAUGCGAGAGCCAAAAACAAAAAAUUCCAGAGAAGACGGGUUUGAGAGUGGAAGCGACAAGGAUAGAUUUAAAGCCUGUCAGCCUUGUUCCAGAAACUGUCCAGUGACAUCCAACAUUUGCAGCGCCAGUUAUCGAGUGUCCAUAUCCGACCGCACAACAAUUGGUCUCGGGAACUUGAGUAAGUCGAACAGUGAUUUCUGGACUGGCGAUUGGAAACUGACUGUAAUGGACUAUGAAAACCCAAGCGACUUUGGACUCUUCCGAUUCUCAAUUCCGCCUUACGAAGUUUUGAAUGAGCCAGAAACACUCCAGAAAGUCGGCUAUAUUGUUCUGGGUCAUUCGCAACUACUUAAUCCUGAGCUGCAGACACUGAUGAUUACCACCGGCAUUCUCAUCUUAUUCUUAAAACUUUGAACUAAAUUACAAAUUCUUAUUAAUUCUGUGAUAAAUUUUUUAAGCUAUUAGUUAACGACUACUAAUUUAUACAACCAUUUAAAUAUUACUGACUGAAUUAAAUUAGAAAUAUUAGAAUAAGACUGCAAAAAAUAACUUUCAA